GCGGCCUCAGAGAGCCGGGCGCCGCCCAAUAGUGCCUGCGGCUGGGGAGCUGGCGGCAGGGCAACGGCCGCCGUGAGCAGAUGGGUGAACGCGAAAAAUCAACACCCAUGGAUUUUAUCUGACUGUGUAGAUCAGGUUUUUUUUAUUCUGGAUAUCACGGUAACAGUAUAGGAAAUAUGCAUUAUUUCUCAUGUCUGCAAGUAGUCCUCACUGCUGAAGGAAGCAAUUUUUUAAGCUACAGCCAAAUUCAUUUUGGUACUUUUUAUGGAAAUCUUGAUUUUGUUUUUACUUUUUUAUAACCUUUUGCAAAAGGUAUUAACAAGCAAAGAGCUCAUCUCAUUAGGCAAGUCCACAUUAAUAAGAAUGCCUAGAAGAGGGUUGAUUCUUCACACCCGGACCCACUGGCUACUGUUGGGUCUUGCUUUACUCUGCAGUUUGAUAUUAUUUUUAUACCUUCUGGAAUGUGCCCCCCAGACUGAUGGAAAUGCAUCUCUUCCUGGUAUCAUUGGGGAAAAUUAUGGUAAAGAGUAUUAUCAAGCCCUCCUACAGGAGCAAGAAGAACAUUAUCAAACCAGAGCAACCAGUCUGAAACGCCAAAUUGCCCAACUGAAACAAGAACUACAAGAAAUGAGUGAGAAGAUGAGAUCUUUGCAAGAGAGAAAAAAUGUAGGGGCUAAUGGCAUAAGCUAUCAAGGCAACAAAGAACAAGCACCUAGUGAUCUUUUAGAGUUUCUUCAUUCACAAAUUGACAAAGCUGAAGUUAGCAUAGGAGCCAAACUACCUAGUGAGUAUGGAGUCAUUCCCUUUGAAAGUUUUACCUUAAUGAAAGUAUUCCAGUUGGAAAUGGGUCUCACUCGCCAUCCUGAGGAAAAGCCAGUUAGAAAAGAUAAGCGAGAUGAAUUGGUAGAAGUUAUUGAAGCUGGCUUGGAGGUCAUUAAUAAUCCUGAUGAAGAUGAUGAGCAGGAAGAUGAGGAUGGUCCCCUUGGAGAGAAACUGAUAUUUAAUGAAAAUGACUUCAUAGAAGGUUAUUAUCGCACUGAGAAAGAUAAGGGCACACAGUAUGAACUCUUCUUUAAGAAAGCAGACCUUAUGGAAUAUAGACACGUGACUCUCUUUCGCCCUUUUGGACCUCUCAUGAAAGUGAAGAGUGAGAUGAUUGACAUUACUAGAUCAGUUAUUAAUAUCAUCGUGCCACUUGCUGAAAGAACUGAAGCAUUUGCACAGUUUAUGCAGAACUUCAGGGAUGUAUGUAUUCAUCAGGACAAGAGAAUUCAUCUCACAGUGGUGUAUUUUGGUAAAGAAGGACUUUCUAAAGUCAAGUCUAUCCUAGAAUCUGUCGCAAGUGAGUCUAAUUUUCACAAUUACACCUUGGUCUCACUGAAUGAAGAAUUUAAUCGUGGACGAGGACUAAACGUGGGUGCCCGAGCCUGGGACAAGGGAGAAGUCUUGAUGUUUUUCUGUGAUGUCGAUAUAUAUUUCUCAGCCGAAUUCCUUAACAGCUGCCGAUUAAAUGCUGAGCCGGGUAAGAAGGUGUUUUACCCUGUGGUGUUCAGUCUUUACAACCCUGCCAUCGUUUAUGCCAACCUGGAUGUGCCCCCACCUGUGGAACAGCAGCUGGUUCACAAAAAGGAUUCUGGGUUUUGGCGAGAUUUUGGAUUCGGAAUGACUUGUCAGUACCAAUCAGAUUUCCUGACCAUUGGUGGAUUUGACAUGGAAGUAAAAGGUUGGGGUGGAGAAGAUGUUCAUCUGUAUCGAAAAUACUUACACAGUGACCUGAUUGUGAUUCGGACUCCGGUUCCUGGUCUUUUCCACCUCUGGCAUGAGAAGCGCUGUGCUGACGAGUUGACCCCUGAGCAGUACCGCAUGUGCAUCCAGUCCAAAGCCAUGAACGAGGCCUCUCACUCGCACCUGGGAAUGCUGGUCUUCAGGGAGGAGAUAGAGACGCAUCUUCACAAACAGGCAUACAGGACAAAUAGCGAAGCUGUUGGUUAAUGUAAUCGUUGACACACUAGUCUGGACCGCAAACCAGCACUAUUUGCUUAGCCUUAAUUCCAAUUCCAGAUGCAGUGCCUCUUUCAGGAAGACAUGGCUUUUGUGUUCUUGCUGAUAUUACUUCAGCAGUUUAACUUGGUGUGAGAAGAAAAAGCAGCGUUGCAAUGCAAAGUCUCUUUUUCUGAGCAUACCUCACUAUGGGAUCAUUGACAAAUCAAAAUCUGGUAUUUGUUCUAAGAGUAGUCUUGAGUUAAUUUCUACCUGGCUUCAUGUGCUGAUGUGUAUCCUGGUUGCAUCUGGGCUGAGGGGUGGAAUGUGUUGUGCUCAAGUGUUGCUUGGAAGUGGUAAAAGUGGACUUCUGCCCAUAUUUCUGAUUUCAAGGGAGACAUUUGCAGUUUCAUCAAUCCAUACCUGAGUCCCCCAUUGUUGCCCCUGCUGGGUGGGGACCAACACCUUCAGAAACACUGCC